AUGGUCCUUCUGAUAUUGGGAAGUAGCCAAGCAAGCCUGAACACCUCUUCGGGACCAUGGAAGUCGAAGCUCACUAACAUCAAGAACUCAUUCCUUGGCACUCCACGAUUUCACCGAAGAAAAAUGUCAAAUGGAACGGCUGAAAGUGAUGGUGAAGACAGUCAUAUGAUUGAUACUAGCGAUUUGGUAAAGAAAUCGUGGUUUGGUUCAUUGACGUCGAGCAUCAGCGUUGAAAGAGAAGACACUCACUGUGUGCCGGUGCAAGGCAAAACUUUGAACGCCAUAAAAGCCGAGCUCAUUCGUGCAUUCCUCACGAUCCAUGAGCUAAGUCACUGUGUUGUCGGUCAGAACUGCUUCCGAGUCGAAUACAAGCGCGGACCCACUGUAGGCGGUGGAGUGUUUAGCAGAGGA